CACCAGGUGUGCAAUGAAGGCCAUUCAGACCCAUGAGAUUCAGGUCCCCGUUCUGAAGGAGCGUUUCGUCAGGACUCCCUUUAAGGAGCGGAGGAAGAGGGAGGCUGAGGUGAGCCUCAGCAAACAGCACCAUCAUCAACAUCAACCACCACAACAGCAGCAGCAGCAGCUGCGGGGGGAGGCGUGGGAAGGCAGCGACUGCAGCCGGCAGUGCUGCACUGAGCAUGUCCCAGUGGGCCGUUCCUCCGGCAGCCUAUUGUGCGGCGAGGCAGCUCGAGCGGGCGGGGGAGAGAGAGAGCAGCAGCUCUCUUCCUUCGCAGCAGCACCAGCGCAGGCGCCCCGCGCCUCACCGGACAGAGAGCCUCCGUCAGCACACCGCACCUCUGCCUCGCAGGCAGGCACAGAGGCCAGCGACGGCCCCCGGCAUGGCCUGAGCGCCCGGGGAGCUCUCCCGCGGACGAACAUGGGCAACCAGGACGCCAAGCUUAAAAGGGCGGCGGGGGAGGCCAGCGAUGGAGGGGACGACGGCGGGGGGGGCAGGGAGGCGGAGAGCACAAAGAAAGGCUUCCACGGCAAGAAAUCGCACGGUAAACACGGCAAGGGGGGCGACGCCGGCAAGAAGAAAUCCAAAUCGGAGUCGAAGACCUCGGUGUUUUCCAACAUCAGGAUCCGGAAGAACCUGUCCAAGGCGAAAGGCUCGUCUGGGGGAUCGAAGGAGGAUGUUUUGGACAUACGGGCCUCGCAGAAUGACGAGCUGGACAGCGCGCACUCGCUCCAGACCAAAACCCCCGACCUCAGUCUGUCGGCUGACGAGCUGGGGCACUCGGACACGGAGCCCGAGCGCUUCCGCCUCACCGCCGAGAGCCGGCAGACCACUGUGGACACGCAGGAGGGACAGAGAGCCAGCUCGGGCUCCGACACGGACAUCUACAGCUUCCACUCUGCUGCCGAGCAGGAGGACCUGCUCGCGGACAUCCAGCAGGCUAUUAGGCUGCAGCAGGGGGUGAUUAUUUCGACAACUGACGAGCUGGGCUGGAAGACGGACUUUAAACACACGCCUGCCCCUGAGCUCCAGCCCGCCCCCCCUGACUCGGAGCAGCCCCCGGCCCCGGAGGAGCUCUCCGACCGGGAGAACGGCCUGGUGGUGGAGCUCAGCUUCUCGGGGGAGCAGGAGCAGGAGGAGGACACUGGCGGCGCUGCGCAGGACCGCAGCGAGGAGCAGGGGGAGGCAGAAGCGGCCCUUUGUGCCGCGGUCGGGACAAAGGAGCCGGAGCCAUUGAGCGGAAUCGCUCAGCCCCCGGCAGCUGAGGCCGAGGGGAGCGCCGUUACCAAGACAACCAGCGCCAACAGCUUCCCGGACCUCACGGGCUCUUUUGAGAGCGCGGAGGAGCCCCCGGAGGAGGAGGGGAGCGGCCUGGGUCUCCCUCCCAGUUUGACGGGUAGCCACGGCGACAUACCGCUGGGCCGCGAGGACGGUUCGGUGAACGGGCGGGAGGGGGGAAGCCAGUCUCUGGAGUCGCUGGGCAGCGGGGACCUGGACUCCGACCAGGCCGACGGCCUCCCCCGCUCGCGCCGCAGGAAGAGCAGUGUCUCCUUCUCCCAGUGGCCCUCGGAGAGCCCUCUGGCCACCCGGCUGCUCAAGUCCACCCUGUCCAACGCCUCGACCCCGUCCGUCAAACCCUACCCCCCCAUCCACCCCUCCUACAUCAAGACCACCACCCGGCAGCUGAGCUCGCCCAACCACUCGCCGGCGCCCUCGCCGUCCCAGAGCCCCCUGUUCCACCGGCGCUGCGCGGAGAACGACCGGGCGGAGAAGAGGAGGGCGAAGAGGCAGCGGUCCAAGAGCGUCGCCGGCCUGCUCAGCCACUCGGCCGACUGGACCGAGGAGUUCAACCGGCUCAAACCCAAGAAGGCCGAUUCGGCCGACUACCUGGAGUACGGUGGCUCGGAGGAGAGGCUGCGGGGCGGGAGCCAGCCCCUGUGCGCCACGCGCAAGUCCUCCGCCGUGCAGGCCUCCACGUGCAGCUUUCAAGAUGUCUUCACUGGGCGCACCCUGCUGGAGAAGUUCUUCCGGCAACAGGACGAUGCCCAGCCGGAGGAGGCUGAGAAGCUGUGCUCGCGCAUCCUGGCCAUGGGGCUGCUGCUGCCCUUCAGCGACUGCUUCCGCCAGCAGUACGGGGGCAGCGCCUCCCACAUCUCCGCCAAGUUCGACCAAGACCAGCUCUACACCUGGGCUGCUGUCAGCCAGCCCCCUCACUCUUUUGAGAACCUUGAGGGGCGUGUCCCCGGACGUAUCCAGGCCUUGUGGCCCCCACAAAAACCCGACGAGGAGCAGAAGUCCGGGCUGAAGUACACUGAGGCUGAGCAUGAAUCGAUCAUCCUGGGUCUGAAGAAACAGCAGAGCGAGAGGGUUCAGGAACUGCAGGAGGAAUCGGUGUUGAAGACGGUGAAGUUGAAGGAGGAGCACGUCAAUGUGAUUCAGCAACUGGAGCAGACCAUCGAGGAUCUAAGGACCAAAAUCGCAGAGCUGGAAAAUCAGUACCCGCCUCUGGAGAAGGAUGUUUGCACUAAAGACCAAGAGUGUGGAAGUGAAGAGGUGGCGCUGAAGGACUUCUGUGAUGUCGACCUGCAGACAGAGGGGCUCGCCCCGAGCUGCCUAGAGGCCAAGUCGGUGCAGACGUCGCCAGUGGACGAGAGCUUUAAAUUUAAAGUGCCUUUACCGGAUCGAACGGCCCCCUCCACCCCUCCCUCAGCGCCCAGUGUGUACGGGGAGGUGCUUCCCCCACCCCCUGCCCCCUGCCCCGCCCCUGGGUCCAUCCCAGAGACCGCUGUGCCCAUGUCCCCGAAAGCAGGCCAAGGGUUUGUUUGUAAAUGCCAGCAGCAGCAGCAACAGAGUGGGAUUCAGCCCCCACCCCCUCCACCUCCACCUCCGCUGCCUGGCCUACCUGUGCCCCCGCCCCCACCGCCACCCCCUCCUCCCCUUCCAGGAUUUGUGGCCCCACCCCCGCCCCCUCCCUUGCCAGGAUUUGUGGCUCCACCGCCACCCCCUCCCCUACCUGGCGGUGCAAUGCCACCACCCCCUCCACCCCCCCCACUCCCUGGUUCUGCCAUGCCCCCACCCCCACCUCCUUUACCAGGGAUGGGUGUGCCCCCACCCCCUCCGCCCUUACCUGGCUGUGCCAUACCCCCUCCUCCACCUCCCCCUCCUUUACCAGGACAAGGGGCAUGCCCGCCUCCUCCCCCUCCUCUUCCUGGAAUGGGACCACCUCCACCCCCUGGCAUUGGGGGACCUCCACCGCCCCCACCUCCCCCACCAGGGGCAGGAGCCCCCCCUCCACCCUGCCUGUUGGGGGCUCUUCCGCCCCCUCUGCCGUUCGGACUCUACGCCCUGGGCAUGGCGCAAGAGAAGGCGGCUCGUAAAGGAGUCGUCGAGCCACCGCGACCCAUGAAGCCCUUGUACUGGACCAGGAUACAGCUGCAUGCUAAAAAGGAUGUGACCGGCCCCUUGGUUUGGGAGAAGAUUGAGGAGCCAUCCAUGGACUUUGAGGAGUUUGUAGAUCUUUUCUCUAAGACGGCGGUGAAGGAGAAGAAAAAGCCUUUGUCUGACACCAUCACAAAAUCAAAGGGGAAACAGGUUGUGAAGCUGCUGAGUAACAAGCGAUCUCAAGCAGUGGGUAUCCUCAUGUCCAGUUUGCACCUGGACAUGAAGGACAUUCAGCACGCAAUUCUGAACUUGGACAACACCGUGGUUGACCUGGAGACCUUGCAAGCCCUCUAUGAAAAUAGAGCACAACAGGAGGAGAUGGAUAAAAUUGAAAAGCACAUUAAAUCCUCUAAAGACAAAGAAAAUGCAAAGCCUCUGGAUAAACCUGAACAAUUCCUCUUUCAGUUGUCGCAAAUCCCCAAUUUCUCAGGAAGGGUAUUUUGCAUCCUCUUUCAAUCAACCUUCACGGAAUGUAUAUCUUCCAUACUCCGCAAGCUUGACACGCUACAGAAAGUCUGCACGACCCUGCACAGUGGUGCAGGGCUGAUGCAGGUUUUGGGCCUGGUCCUGGCCUUCGGGAACUUCAUGAACGGGGGAAACAGGACCCGAGGUCAGGCAGACGGCUUUGCCUUGGACAUCCUGCCCAAGCUUAAAGACGUGAAGAGCAGCGAUAACACAAGGAGUCUUUUGUCUUACAUCGUCGCUUACUACUUGAGGCAUUUUGAUGAGGAUGCUGGCAGGGAGACGUGCGUCUACCCUCUCCCCGAGCCACAGGACCUUUUCCAAGCUUCGCAGAUGAAGUUUGAAGACUUUCAGAAGGACCUGCGCAAGUUAAGAAAGGACCUGAACGCAUGUACCACAGAGACUGAGAAAGUCUGCCGCGUCUCUUCCGAAGAUCACCUCCAACCCUUCAAGGACAAAAUGGAGGAGUUCUUGAGCCAAGCGAAAAUCGAACUGGAGGCCCAGGAGACGCAGCUGACUGAGACUCACAAAACUUUCUUGGAAAUGACCAUCUUCUUCUCCGUCAAAGCCAAGAUGGGGGAGAAGGAGGUCUCUCCCCACACGUUCUUCUCCGUGUGGCACGAGUUCUCCACCGAUUUCAAAGACUUGUGGAAGAAGGAAAACAAACUGAUCCUGCAGGAGAGAUUGAAAGCCGCGGAGGAGUGCUUCAGACAAGCGAAGGAGAAGGCUUCUUACAGUGUCAAACCCAAGCAUGCCUCUGGGAUAAAAGCAAAGCUGGGCAUGAAGAUCUGACUGGCACCAGAGUUGGGGAUGAUGACUACGUUUUCUUUUUAAAGACUCGCUUUCCAGGAAACCGUUUCACAGACUAUUGAAACGAAUGGAAAAACAAAAACAGCAGUGUUUUUUUGCGAACUCUAGCACUUAGCCUGUCAUUUUAAUCUAAGUGAGUUCUCUCUCUCUAAAUUGCUAUUUUUUUUCUCCUCCCUGUGCUGUGGGCAUUGUCCCCCUGCCAUCCAAGCACCUUGCUUUGUUAUAAACGCACACAGCUCUGAUUGGAAGGUCACUUGGUCACAUGGUUGAGUCAGCGGUAUAUAUAUAGACUCUGACCUAAGAGAACUUGGACAAGACCCUGGAUGGCACUUGUUCUUUGUGGAUUGAAAAGCAGAGCAACUGAGCCCUUCACAGCUGGCCAGCACACACAGACACAUACACACACACACACCGGCACACAUGGACGCAGACAUACUGUAUACACAUACACAACUUCUUAAAUUCAUCCAGACUUAAUAUUCUGGUGACUUCCUGUAAUGAUUUGCCAAACUGUCAAUGUAUUCAGGUUGCUCUGACCCUUUAGAAUCCACUCCAGCAACUUUUUUUUCUCCUGUUUGUUUGGUUUAAGCAAUAUGAAAGUGUGUCUGGUUCAAGCCAAUACAGCAACAAAAAUAUGUGCGUGUCAAAAACAUGUAAAAUAUGUGUAUAGAUGUAUGAAAAGUGACCUCAUUGUAUUUUGUAAUGGAGGGGGAGAGAGAGGUGCUUCAACGCGAGCUGCAGUAAUUCGUUCAGGCUAACCCAGUCUAGAUGGCAGUAUAGCUGUUGUUAUGAUCUUGGUGAAAGUAACACUUUUUUUAAUCAGGUGGUCAGAUGCUUGUAUUAAUAGCUUGGCUACCCCCUUCUUCAGUACUACUUUAAGCCCCAGAUUUUAGCAGCAAGUGCCCUGUUGGCAGUCUUCUCUAUCUCACAAUCGCAUCAUUUUGACAGGGAGAAAGUAGUCACGGAGCCAAUACUAUAUCACCUCGGGUUUUGCUUAAACCUGUCCCAUGUGUUCAGCUAUAAAGUGAACUAAACAACAGAAAAGGAGCUGGCCUUUCAUUCCCAUGAAAUAUCCAAUAGCCAUUGGCUUUAUACGCCGUGAAUACUCCCGUGUAGAGCAGUCCAAGCCAUGGCAUUUGUGCUGUAGACCCUCUGAAAUAACAGUAGACUUUCAGUCUGAAAAUGGCUUGGUUCCAAAGCCAGAGUCCAAAACCAAAGUCAGAUUCAAGGAAAUGUGACUUCUGUAUCCAUUUACAAUCUGGAAAAGCUAUCGUUUUGUGGAUCUUUACUUCCAUGAAAGACCGUAACGGUCCGGGCAUGAAGUGAGCAAAUCCCCUCAGCCGAGCCAUUGAAUGAAUUGCAGAUGAUUUAAUUAUUCGGUUUAGAGACAUGAAUCAAACAUUUAGAUUUAUUCUCAUCGUAUCUUAGUUAUGAAGAACCAAGCAAGAUUAUGGUACAUCAUGGUCUACUAAACAGCAAGACGUGUUUUGUACGGAACCAGCAGUUUGUUAUUUGAGCGUCACACUCUCCAUACAGAUAUUUAAAGUAGUACUUGCAUCAGAAUACAAUACUUGACUGGGUUACUUAGACUAUUUAAAGAUGCUAUUCUAUCUAUGUUUUUAUCUAUGUAAAGUAGUAUUCAACUCUGUCUUUUUUUUUGCUUUUAUUUGUCCCAGCAUGUUGGUUCUGUGCCCCAAUGUUUUCAUCACUAAACAGUCCUGGAGUUGAAGGUGUAUCCCCAUGUGUGCAAUAAGUGUUUCUAAUUGGAUUUUUUUUUUUUUUUUUUGAAAAGUUUAAUUUAUAUAAAAUAAACAUAUAAAUAAAUGUAGUGUUUUAUUGUACAUUUCAGACUGUUACAUAAGGACAUGUCAUGAUUGCCACUUGAGGGGACAACUACCAGAAGAACUACAUUGCAGUUGUCCUCUGCUUCCUCUUCCUGUGA